AGGCUGGCGGAGGCAAAAAGGGUGGCAAGAAGAAGGGUUCUUCUUUCCAAACUGUUUCAGCUCUUUUCCGGGAGAACUUAAACAAGCUGAUGACCAACCUGCGGAGCACUCACCCCCAUUUUGUCCGCUGCAUCAUCCCAAAUGAAACAAAAACACCUGGUGCCAUGGAGCAUGAACUGGUGCUGCACCAGCUGCGCUGCAACGGCGUACUGGAGGGGAUCAGGAUUUGCAGGAAAGGAUUCCCCAGCAGAGUCCUCUAUGCAGACUUUAAACAGAGAUACAAGGUUCUUAAUGCCAGUGCCAUCCCCGAGGGACAGUUCAUUGAUAGCAAGAAAGCUUCUGAGAAACUCCUUUCAUCUAUUGAUGUGGACCACACCCAGUACAAAUUUGGUCACACCAAG